AUGCUGAAACCGCGAUUCCUUCGACUUACACGACCACCCUUCACCUUAUUCGAGUAUUCCGAUGCUUUUGGCUCAAGCCACUCCCUUCCUUUUCCCGAAUCAGCACUCCGCUUCGGAAGAUAUCAGCUUUCUCCAUCCUUGUACACAUUCUCUACGGACCUGCGGACCUCAACAACAAUAAGCGUCUUGUACAUAUCGGUCGUCAUGUAUUGCAAUAAGAUCAAUGCGAGAGAACGGAGAUCGUGGGCAAUCAGUCGCACAAAGGUCUUCUCUAACUUAGUGAUACUACACAAUCUGAUUCUGACGGCUUUCUCGGCCUGGACAUUCGCCGCUAUGCUGAAAACAUUGUCUUCCGCAUGGCCGGACACGCAAGAUAAAUUGCAUAUGAGCCGGGCGGCAGACAUUGUCUGCCAUGGGGGUCAGUUCCCGGGGCACGAAUCAUAUGCACCGAGGUUGAAGUUGAUCGUCUGGCUGUUCUAUCUGUCAAAGCUAUAUGAGCCACUCGACACCGUGAUCAUUCUUGCUAAAGGGCGCCAGGCUUCAGCCCUGCACAUAUAUCACCAUGCUGGCGUCAUCUUCUGGGGCUGCAUGGGAGUACGAUUUAUCAAUUCGGCCUCGAUAAUCGCCACACUAUUCAACUCGGCUGUGCACACCGUGAUGGUCAACGCACAGUAUACAUACUACAGCAUGACUGCGUUGCGCAUCCUCGUUCACCACUCGACCAAAGCUUCAUUGACCUUGCUUCAAAUCAUGCAAUUCUUCGUCGGUAGCCUAUUAGGCUUGUCGUCCGUCCUUGUGGAAUAUGAUGUUCCCUUUUCUGGUCCUCCUUUUGAGCGACAUGAUCAAUCGCCAAAUACCCCUUUCAACAUAACGCCACGGGGCUCCAAAGUACAGCAGUCUCGGGACAUGAAGACAGUAAGAUGCGUUAGAGAUAGUAGUGAGGCUUAUGCGUUGUGCCUUGGAUGCGGGUUUGUUCUGUUCCUGAUGCUAUUGUUUUUGAAGUUUUACGUACAGUCUUAUCUCCAGCACUGGCAACCCCAUAAGAAGGCAGUGCUAUGA